ACACGUAUCGCGCAGUCUAUUUAUGAUUGCAUUUGAAGAAAUCAAACAGUUGUUUUCAAUGAUCGCAACUACAAAGAAGAAGAAUGAUCGCAACUGAAUAACCGUGAUUAUCGGGCGAUUAAACAGUGACUGACAUGUGCUAAAUGGACAGAUGUGGGAGUAGUAAUCUAAUCAAGUUUAUGGAUACGACGUAAUCGCCUCGUCAGAAGCGUGUGAGGUGACGAAGUUUGAUCAAUUGUUUAUCGCGAGCUACCAACAAUCGUCGAACAAUGGAAAAACCAAUUUCGUCUGACAUUGUCAUCAUUGCGGGCAAUUCCCACCCUGAACUGGCGAAUCUGAUCGCGAAUCGCUUGGGUGUGAAACCUGGUGGCUGCGCUGUGUAUCACAAGUCAAAUCGUGAGACAAUGGUGGAGAUAGGGGAUUCUGUACGUGGUAAAGACCUGUAUCUAAUCCAAACUGGUACAAAAGAUGUAAACAAUAACAUAAUGGAGCUUCUCAUUAUGGCCUAUGCAUGUAAAACAUCAUCGGCCAAAAAUAUUGUCGGAGUGAUUCCAUAUUUACCUUAUUCCAAGCAGUGCAAAAUGCGUAAACGCGGUUGCAUAGUGUCCAAGCUUUUGGCAAAGAUGUUAUGCACGAGCGGCCUAACUCAUAUUAUCACCAUGGACCUCCACCAGAAAGAAAUCCAAGGAUUCUUUGAUGUUCCAGUGGAUAAUUUGAGAGCUAGCCCAUUCCUUUUGCAGUAUAUUCAAGAAUCCAUUCCUGACUAUCAUAAUUCUGUGAUCGUUGCAAGAAAUCCAGGUAGUGCGAAGAAAGCAACCAGCUACGCUGAAAGGCUGCGCCUGGGAAUUGCAGUGAUUCAUGGAGAACAGAGAGAAGCUGAAUCUGACAUGAAUGAUGGUCGCUAUUCGCCACCUGCAUUAGCAUUAGCCGCGCGCACGAUGGAGGUCGGCGUUGGUGUACCUUUGCAUCCAGCGAAGGAAAAGCCGCCUAUAAGUGUUGUUGGAGAUGUCGGAGGACGUAUCGCUAUUAUGGUGGAUGACAUGAUAGAUGAUGUACAGUCGUACGUAGCAGCUGCCGAGGUACUUAAAGAGAGAGGAGCUUACAAAAUAUAUGUCUUAGCUACGCAUGGUUUGCUCAGCUCAGACGCUCCUAGACUCAUCGAAGAGUCUCCGAUUGACGAGGUCGUUGUAACCAACACGAUUCCUCAUGACGUGCAGAAGAUGCAAUGUCCGAAAAUCAAGACUGUCGACAUCAGUAUUCUUUUAGCAGAGGCAAUUCGACGUAUACAUAACAAGGAGUCGAUGUCGUAUCUGUUUAAGAAUGUAACUUUGGAAGAUUAGAAACUAGAUGAUUGCACAUGAAAAGUUACACAUUUUAAUCAUGAAUAAAUGACGAUUGAAAGUCAUGUAAGAUUUAAUGCCGGGGACCAUGUCCAAAAUACAUAUCCGUCUCUUAAUUUUCUACACUAUUUUUAUAUUUCUCCAACUUAUGAAAUAUCAGUGAACGUAUAAAUCUUGUACGUAUAGUCCCUUGCGUUCAGAAAGAAACUA